AUGUGUAUGGACUGUGAGAUCGUGAUACCGAAAUACUGGGAACUGUCACAUCAGUCCGACGUCGCGCGUGAUUUAUUUCUUGAUGAUAAUAAUGAUAAUAAUAAUAAUAAUAAUACUGUAGCCAUGACUUCACGAACGACCACCUCCUCCUCCGACCGCGACGGCGACGCCUAUGGCAAUGCACUCACUGCUCAUCAUCGAUGCUCCAUAUCAUCAUCAUCAUCAUCCUCCCGCAGAAAGAACAUCAUGUCGACCCUUGUGCCCACCAUCUCCUCUUCCUCGAAACAACCGAUGAGUAAUCCGGUCAUCGCCGGGUGUGUUGUCGGAUCGCCCAGGUGGUUGUGUGUAGGCCUGGAGGCAAAAGAUUCCGACGACCGGGUUGACGUCAUUCGCCCAUUCAUUCAUUCCCCUUCCACCUCCGCCUCCCUCCCGACAACGUUUCCCGCACACACUGCGCCUCCCCAGCACAACCCAACAACCGACGGACCCAACACACUGAUGACCGACACAGCCCUAUGA